UUACGUGAUUUCAUCAUAAUGGUUGCUGAUCGUGAUAGGGAAGAUGAAUAUGAAGCUUUGGAAGUUCAUCGAAUGUCCAGAAAAGGCGAGAAGGUCGUUACUAUUAAAUAUACAGGAAUCGUUCAAGCGCGCAAACAGUUUUUUCAUUUGAUUCGUCGUAUCAAUGCAUAUGGAAAUAUUAUGGGUCCAUUACCACAGAACACUUGCACAAUCUUUAAACUUACCUACUAUGAUGAAACGACGCCUGUGAAUUAUGAACCACAAGGUUUUAUAGCUGAUGGAGAUCUAUUCCAUUUUCCGAAAGAAAUCGACCCGGUGAUGAUUGGUAGAUUCGAUUGUGAAAAACACAUGGUUACAACAUCAGUUCAUUCGAUUUUCAUGAAAAGUACAACCGAAAUGAAAUCAUUGAUGCAUGCCGAUGCCACUAAAUUUAACUCUUCGGUUUCUCGUGAUACCACUAUUUGCUCUUCACCAACUAAAACCUUACGGACGUUCUCGAUAUGUACGGACGAGUUCUCUCAAGUUCAAAUAGAUGAUACUGAACAACAAAGUGAACCAAUGAGAGACGCUGGAUUGACGGCAUUGUCGUCAUGUAUUGAUAUAAGUGGCACACUGAAAACUGCAGAAAUUUAUCGCACACUUUCAACUGAGUCAAGCAUCUCAAUGGAAAGUUCGAAGUUAUCAGUUGAAUCGGAUGUUUAUGAAAAUCGAACGGCUGAGAAACCAGAACACGAGGGAUCCAUCAUGCCAUAUAUCUAUAAUCGUGCCUUAUUAAUUUUAAAGCGGAAGAAAUAUCAAGAAUCAGUGACUGAAAAAAUGUUGCAGCAGUUGGAUACGAUUGAAAGAAUGGUCAAUGAUUUGGAAUUUGCCGUCAUCGAGCAGAAAGUAGUGGAACAAUUGAGGCAUGGUAAUGAAGUCUUGAAGCGGAUGAAUCAGAUGAUUUCAGUUGAUGAUAUCGAACAAAUUAUGGAUGAGACAAAGGAGGCAGCCGAUUUUCAGGAAGAAAUAUCAAACAUGCUCAGCGGUAAGCUUGGUGAAGAUGAGCUGAAAGAAGUAGAAAAGGAAUUUGCGGAACUAGUAGAAAAGGAAGGCGAACUUAAUUUACCGGAAGUCCCAUCGGAGCAAUUAGCUGUGAAGACAUCUGAGAAAAGAAGUAAGUCUCUUUAUUUAAUGACACCGCUACUUCGAGACUUUUUACCGGUCAGUAUCAGUGAUAGAGAAACUGCAAAUGACGACUGCGCCAUUGCUGUGAAUAUUGCUACAGCAUUGGCUGAGUCAGCUAUUUGCUUCUUCAUAAUAUUGUCUAUUAUUGCUUACUUUCGUUACAGUCAAAAUUAA